AUGGCUGAACAAAUUGAGAAGGCUUAUCUCAAACAACCCAAAGUGUUUUUAUGCUCGAAGAAAUCUGGUAAGGGGAAGAGGCCCGGUAAAGGUGGAAAUCGCUUCUGGAAAUCUGUUGGUCUUGGAUUCAAGACCCCCAAAGAAGCCAUCGAAGGAACCUUUAUUGACAAGAAGUGUCCAUUCACUGGCAAUGUUUCCAUCCGUGGUCGUAUCAUAGCCGGAACCUGUCACAGUGCCAAAAUGAAUCGGACUAUUAUUGUCAGGAGGAAUUAUCUUCACUUCAUUAAGAAAUAUCAGAGGUAUGAGAAGAGGCAUUCCAACAUUCCAGCUCAUGUGUCACCUGCCUUCCGUGUUAAGGAAGGUGAUCAUGUCAUUAUUGGUCAAUGCAGGCCACUCUCCAAGACAGUGAGGUUCAAUGUAUUGAAAGUCAUCCCAGCUGGAUCAUCCAGUGGUGCAAAGAAGGCAUUUUCUGGCAUAUGAGAUUUGGUUGGCACUCUUAGUAUAGAGAUUUUAUCAUCUAUGUUGAAAGUAAUUCCCGAUUUCUGU